CCCGCCGGGUCCGCAGGGCCGACACGACCCGCCCACUUACCCCCAAGUGACACGAGCGAAAACGAGAAGGGGGGCAAGAUGCAGCAGGCUCAGGCGCAGUCGGCGGCGGCGGUCGCGGUCGCGCCGUCGGCGUCGGCGGUGGAGCCGGCGGCAGCCCACCCGCACGAUCCGACUGGCGGGGAUGCGCCACCGAAGCAGGUGGCGCAGGCGAUGGAGCGGCUGGGGCGCGCGGUCCGGCUCAUCGCGGACAUCCGGCUCGGCGCGGACCGCCUCCUCGAGGCCCUCUUCGUCGCCGGCAGUGCGCCCGCGCACAGAGCCCACCAGCACGCCUACAGGACCGCGCGCGCCGUCGCCCAGGAGGAGGCCGCCAUGCGCCGCCACUUCCAAGACCUCCGCGCCCUCGGCAGGCAAUUAGAGCAGUCUGGAGUUCUUAAUGGAGCCCUUAAAGCUCGAGGCAAUUCAUGGGGCUUGCACAUGCCACUUGUUUGUCCAGACGGUGCUGUUGUAGCUUAUGCUUGGAAGCGUCAACUGGCAGGCCAGGCUGGUGCAUCUGCUGUUGAUAGAACUAGGUUAGCUCUCAAGGCCUUCACUGACCAGAAAAGAAGAUUCUUUCCUCAUCUAGAAGAUGAAGCGCUUAGCCAUCUCCAUGAUGAUGAACCUGGUGUCGCCAAAAAACCUAGGUUUUCUGCCAGCAAUGCAGAGCUAGAGGAAAAAACUUUAUCUGAAAUACUGAAAAAUCUAGAAAAUGAAGUACCUAACAUGAAAAUAUUCACAUACCGGCAUCUGGAUUGGUCAAAAAGAGCUUCAUCAUUAGCAUCUCUAAUGGAUGAUGACUUUGUGGAUCCAUCUAAAGUGUUGAACCUGCAAAAUAUGGGCAAAAUGAGAUCUGGUGCUCUGUCAACUUCCAUAGACCAGGUUGCAGUAAUUGAGUUGCUGGUUCCUUCAAUAUUUAGAGCUAUUGUGUCAUUGCAUCCUGCUGGAUCUACUGAUCCUGAUGCCGUGGCAUUCUUCUCCCCCACUGAGGGAGGAAGCUACCUUCACGCAAGAGGCCUGUCGGUGCAUCAUGUAUUUAAGCAUGUAAAGGAGCAUGCUGACAAGGCGUUACAGUACUUUAUCAGUGUGGAACCCAGUAAAGCACUAUCUCUAUUAUUGCGUUGGAUCGCCAGCUAUCAGACUCUAUUUACAAAGGUUUGCAGCAAAUGCCGACGACUUCUGCUGAUGGACAAGUCCCUGGCUUUGCUUUUACCUCCUGUCCACCGCCCCUAUCACCAGACUUCAAAUGUUGGUUCAGAUCUUCAGGAGGCCUAUCAUAUUGGAUGCUCUUCCUAUGAUGGCUAAUGCUUCUAACGAUACUCGAGACUCUUUAGAUGGCAUACGAUGCUUUUGACGUUGUCACCUGACAACGUACAUGUACAACAAUCUUUCUGUGUAGAACAGUGGUUUUUGGAAAUGCAUGUAGCACAGUUGUUAAUUUAUGAACAAAAGGCUUGGUAAUUGAUUAGGUACUUGGGUUGGAUUUUCUUUAUUAGCAAGCAUUCUGGGAUCAGGUGUUACAGAACUUAAAUAGUUAUGUUAAGUUUUUUUAUGUAUGUGUACCUUGAUUACUUGAAGUGUUAUCAGCAUCAGUGCUGCACGGUGAAUUGCAAUUUUAAUUGAAAAUAACAUUAAUGCUUACA